UCUGAACCCCUUACGUUGUGUACACACAUCGAAUUUUUAUUCGCAGCCCGCUCGAGAUCGAGAAACCCAAGUGAUAUAUUGGCAUUAAUUGCCAUUGAAUGUUGCAAAAAGCAAAUCAAAAAUAUAGAAAAAAGCAAACCUAAUUGGCUACAGCUAACUAAAUUUUAAAUAAAUUCGUAAAGUUUUUACAACAAAAGCAGGCUUUGGGGAAUUUGGCUAAAUCAAAACCAAAUUUGUAUUAACCCCCUUCCUCAUUCCUAAACUCCCCUUCACCAAGUUUCCAAAUCUUUGUGUGUGUGUGUGUUUUUGCAUUUGAAUGUUUAUGCAAGAAAGCGCCAAUAUCUUGAGAAUUGAGCAGCAUUUGACCAAGUGCUGGAACAAAGUGUUUGAACUAAACGAAACAAAGAAUUAUCAAUUUUUGAAAAACUUAAAUACCAUCAUCAACGAAUCCAGGAUGGCAGCCAUACCUCAAGGAGCCUUUGCCGCUUGCAAAAUUCGUGAAUAUAAUGAACGUGAUAUGAUUGUUUCCCGCAUGAAAUUGUCUGCCACUGAUAAGAACGCUGGAAUUAAUCUUCAGACUCAACGUGAUUACUCACCGGUGAAAUAUAAUGACAAGCUAAUGAACUCCAUUUGGGGUCUCUACAAUCGUUACUCACCCCACAAUGUCAAGAAGAACGAAUAUGCUCCACGCAAAUUGUAAAGGAUUUUCCCCGUAGCGCUAUAUCCUGCGCUACAUUGGCCACCAAUAAUUUUCUUUGCCCUUAAAGCAGAAUUUAUUGGUCCAACUUAUAUAUACGCCACGCCCCUAUAUAUUCAAAUGGCGUAUAUAUACAUUUAAUCCCCCUUUACUAACACACACACAUUCGAAAAAAAAAA